AUGUCGCAAGAGAAGAAGCCUUUGCCGUUUGCAUACCAGUUUGCUGCUGGUGCAGUUGCUGGUGUUUCUGAACUCCAACAAGGUGCCGGGACCGGAGCCGAAGCUUACAAUGGAAUGAUCGAUUGCUUUCAAAAGAUCAUCAAAAAUGAAGGAUUUUCGCGGCUCUACCGAGGAAUUACCGCGCCUAUCCUUAUGGAAGCGCCCAAGCGUGCCACCAAAUUUGCCGCCAACGAUAGCUGGGGUGCAUUUUACCGAUCGCUAUUUGGAAUGGAAAAGACCAACCAGCCUUUGGCCAUCCUCACUGGUGCCACCGCAGGUGCAACCGAGUCCUUCGUCGUCGUCCCCUUUGAGCUCGUCAAGAUUCGCCUCCAGGACCGGAAUUCUGCUGGGAAAUAUAACGGCAUGAUGGACGUGGUACGGAAGAUCGUUCAGCAGGAAGGACCGCUCGCAUUGUACAAUGGCCUUGAAUCUACUCUGUGGCGUCACAUCCUCUGGAAUGCCGGCUAUUUCGGGUCAAUCUUCCAGAUUCGUGCGCAGCUUCCCAAGGCUGAACCGGGGAACAAGACUCAGCAAAUGCGCAACGAUAUCAUUGCCGGUACCGUUGGCGGAACCAUCGGUACUAUUGUAAACACCCCAAUGGACGUCGUCAAAUCGCGCAUUCAAAACAGCCCAAGGGUCGCUGGUCAAACUCCCAAGUAUAACUGGGCCUGGCCGGCUUUGGGAACCGUCAUGAAGGAAGAGGGCUUUUCCGCCUUGUACAAGGGCUUUACCCCCAAGGUCUUGAGAUUGGGCCCUGGUGGCGGUAUUUUGUUGGUUGUGUUCACUGGCGUAACGGAUUUCUUCCGGAAGAUGAGGGGAGAGUAA